UAACAUCAGCAUCCGGACUCGAGCAGAGGAACCUGCCGCUCGGCUUCCAAGAAACGACAAAUUCGACAAAAGAAACGUCUUACCGCAAAAACAAUCGUAGUCGGAACGCGCGUCCUACUCGCCGCCGGAGAUGGUGGACCGGCUGGCGGCCAGAAUCUUCUGGACCCUGGCGCUGAUCCAAGGGGACCUCCCGCACUACGUUCGGAGUGCGCCGCCGCCGCCGCCAGGUCGCGUGACCGUGGAUUCGGUCAACAUGAGGCACAACCUGAGAUGGCGCCCCCCGCAGGGCCAAUGCAGCACCCCGCUGCUCUACUCGGUGCAGUUUCAAGGCGAGUUCGAGGUGACGGUUCUGGACGGCGCGUGGCUGGAUUCUACCGAGUGUCAGGACAUCGCGCGCACUCACUGCGACCUUUCCUUGGACCUGGGCUCCGACUCGGACUACAACGUCCGCGUGCGAGCGCGCUGCGGCUCCAAAACGUCGUCGUGGGCGCAACUGGCGGCGCCGUUCAACAGGAGGCACACCGUGUUGACGGUGCCCCACAUGACGGUGACGGCGGCGGGCGACACCCUCCUGGUGUCCUUCGACCAGGCCCCGCCCACGGCGUCCAUCGAGGUGGAGGUGCGGAAGCGCGGCGAUGCCCUCGACAAGGUUCUUGUGUUCGCCGUUCGGGCCGAGCAGAAGCUGCUGCACGUCACCGAGCUGCAGGACAGAGCGAUCUACUGCGUGCGGGCGCACCUGCUGCUGGGAGAGAAAACGCGCAGCCAACACACCGAAGAUCAGUGCGUGCCCGUCUCAGGUCCCGACGCCCCCUGGAAGAGUCCCACGACGGGCGUGCUGACGCUGCUCCUCAUGCUGGGCGUGACCUCCGCCCUCUUCUGGUGCAUCGUCCAGUGCCGCGCGCAACACUACUGCCGCCGCUACUUCCACAAGGAGGCGCUGCCACGCUCGCUGCUCCUUGACGCGCCCUCCGCGCCCGCCGUGUCGAGCGGGCCCGACGAGGAGGUGUGCGCGCACGUGCGGGUGGUACCGAAGGACCGUCGCUAGAACCGGGCCAGCGCGUCCGCAAGGAUCACGGUUGACGUCGUAGGAUCGCUGUUGGACCUUUGCGGCUUUUUUCUUCUUCUUGUCCUCGUGGGACCGGGUCACAUUUGUCGCAGAAGGUCCAGAAUGUUCCUCAGAACCUCCGCCGUACAUAAACGAGCCACGAUUGCGACGCUGAUCAAACGGACUCAGAAGAACGUUACGCUCCGGCUCCGCCAACAGAACCACGAGCGCAAAAACGUUUCACUGAAAAGACACUUUCACUGUUGUGUUUCCGGUGAAGAUUGCGGCUCACGCGUUCAUUGGGCAAGGUCCGCAAUCUCGCCCGGAACCUCCGGCACGGAACAGUUCUGCUGUCGAUCGACCGGGCCGAGAAGAUCAUUCCACGUCACUUUCAGAACCUCGUAGCAUGACUUCGGGAUCUUCUAAAGAAAAGAGAUUGCUAGCUCGUCCCAAAAAUUCUUUCACGCUGCUUCUGGAAGAAGACGCCGAAGUCGGCGCCAUGAGCACCGUUGCCAAUAUGAAUGACGCUGUCGGCCACAUUAGCAUAUUGGCAAUAUUAGCACGAUCGGUGAUGCCACGUUACACUGACAGGAAAUUUGAGCUUUUUCUGGCUCCUUUCCAUUUUCAAAAGUCAUCUUCAAGCCUUUUGGAUUCCUCCGUGCUCAUCGCAGCAUGGAACGCUGCCGCAGUUCUUUAUUUCAGCUGCAGUCGUUCCAAAAAUUCUCUCUCUUAAGAUGAGGCGCAAGGUCCAGACGGUCCCUCAGGACCCCGACGACGACAUUUGCGGUAAUUAUCAAUAAUCCAACGGCACGUCUGAUUGUAACACUGUAGACCCAAGUGUUCAUUCCCAAAAAUUGAACAUUUAAACUGCGCUUCAAUAUAUUUGAGGGGGGAAAACUAAAGCUGUAAAUGUUUCAAAACAAGCGUUUCUUAAAAUGAUUUUUUCCAAUUCAAGGUAUAAAUACAACGGAACUGCAUUGCAAAAAUAUAUACAGUACCGCAUUUUUCAAAACAAAUAUGUUGUACGCGCAAGGCCCAUCAUCUCCACCGCACGUCGACGUGGACGAAAGAUUCUGAUGUCGAUCGACCGGGCCGAGAAAACAAAACCUGACGUCCUCUAACGGCAAAUCGGGGAAUACCAAACACCAGGCGAGUCGGGUGGCGACGAUGUUUAUUUGUGGAAUGUCAGCUUGCACACAAAACCUUUUGACCAAGUGGACUCCCAAAACAACUUGUUGAUACUUUUCUUCCACUCUGUACAACUUACACACAAAUACAUUUUUGACCUAAACAACAUUUGUUGUUCAUUUUAGCAGGAAAUCCAACAAACGUUGACAUUUUUCUUCACUUUUUACAAACUCCCUUCU